CAUCCGCUACCUAGGGGAUCUCAAAAAGGAAUGGCGUGGAUUGAUUGAGCAAGCAUUAACCAAGCAGUGAACAUGGACUUAAUUAUCAACACUCUCCCUGUAGAGAUCUUCAUCAAAAGAUUCAGCAAUAUUACCUAAGCUCUCUCUUCUGAGGUCCCAUCAACACCAUGUAUGAUCUCAUAUUAGUUUCGGUUUCUACAACCAUCUUGGUUAUUCUGGUAGCUGUCCUGACCAAAUUUGUCUACUCAAUAUUAUGGGUUCCUUACAAAAUCCAACACCACUUCUACAAACAAGGCAUAGGUGGCCCUGGCUACCGUCCCAUAUUUGGUAACACGGCUGAGAGGCGUCGAUUAGUGAAAGAAGCUCUAUCAAAGCCAAUAGCUCCACCAUUUCACCACAAUAUUCUUCAUCGUGUUUUUCCAACUUACAGCGUGUGGUCUAAAAUGCACGGUAAGACCUACUUAUACUGGUUUGGAGCCAAGCCCAGGUUGGUUCUAUCCGACCCAGCCACAAUUAAAGAGGUUCUGAUAAAUACUGGCGGACCAUUUGAGAGGAUGAAGUUCGACCCUGUGACAAAGCAGCUCUUGGGAGACAAGGGACUUAUGGAGCUCACGGGUGAGAAGUGGGCUGUUCACAGGAGGAUCAGUAGCUUGGCCUUGAACAUGGAGCAAGUUAAGGGGUGGGUGCCAAAAAUUGUGGCUAGCAUAACGGACAUGCUUGAGAAUUGGGAGGGAAAAAGAGCAGGAAGAGAAGAAUUCGAGAUGGAUGUGCACAAAGAAAUACAAAACCUCUCAGCAGAUAUUGUUUCCAGGACAAUUUUUGGAAGUAGUUUUGAAGAAGGAAAGCGUAUUUUUGAGCUACAAGAAAAGCAAAUGCACCUUGCCUCCCUGUAUUACUCGCAUGUCCCUAUUCCAGGGUUCAGGUUUUUGCCAACAGAAAAGAAUAAAGAGCAGUGGAGACUAGACCAGGAAAUUCGCGGAUCAAUAGAGAAGCUAAUUGAGGAGGCUGCUAACAACAGGAGAGAGGAGAAAUCUCGAAACUUACUUAGCUUGUUAACUUCUUCCUAUAAGAAUCAUGAUGGUGAAGAAGAGAAAUUGGAGGUUGAGGAAAUUAUAGACGAAUGCAAGACAUUUUACUUCGCAGGAAAGGAGACAAGCGCUACUGUCUUAACUUGGACAUUUAUCCUUCUAGCAAUCCAUCAAGAAUGGCAAAUCAAGGCCCGUGAAGAAGUAGUUGCUGUUUGCAAAGACAAGGAGCAUCCAACUGCAGAUAUUCUUGGUGAACUUAAGAUUAUAAAUAUGAUACUACACGAAGCAAUUCGACUUUACACUCCGGUCACAAUGUUGGUGAGGGAGACAUGCAAAGAUGUUAAGCUUCAGGGCCUCCACAUUCCUGCUAACACACCACUCAUUUUAGCCGUGAUUGCAGCUCACCAUGACACAAAGGUCUGGGGAGAAGACGCUGACAAGUUCAAUCCUCUAAGGUUUUGCGAGCCUCGGAAGCAUUCAAGCUCCUUUUUCCCAUGGGGUUUAGGCCCUAGAACGUGUGUUGGACAGAAAUUAGCCCUUGUUGAGAUCAAACUUGUUCUAGCUGUGAUCAUUAGACAAUUUUCGUUUGUGGUAUCCCCAAAAUAUGUUCAUGCUCCGGCCGAAUUUCUAACCGUUCAGCCUCAAUAUGGAGCGCAGAUCCUUUUUAGGAAAAUCUUAAAUUAAACAUCGAUCAGCUGGUGGAUCUGGUAUGUUGAAGAAAGGAUAUUUGGAUCAUGUAUUAUCUUAAUAAUACGGAUCGAAUUUUAUUGUUACAUAAGCUCAGAACAUCGUUUAGGAUGAACUUGGUAAUGUCGUGGCUUGUAAAUCACCGGAGUUGCAGUAUUCUUAAGUGUGUACUUUCGAUUUCGAUUGAAGACAAGCAUCUAAUAUAUAAAUAUAUUUACUACUAUAAA